AUGACGUCAGAUCAGCAACAAUUCAAGUCCGUUGACGACCGUUAUUACCGUUAUCAGACCCUAUAUAUCCAUUUAGAUUUCGAAAGAUAUGUAAUAGAUGUCCUUUACGCUAUUGAAAAUAAAACUGGGACGAAUGUGAGUUGGUUUAAUUUCUAUAAUCCUGAAUUACAUAAAAAUGAUCCAGAAUUCAGUCUAGCAGAUCUAGAACCUGAUGGGGAGAAGAAGUCUAUUAAAGUUCCUUUCUUUACAACGGUCGAAAUUACAAAUAUAACUGAUCAUCUGAAUGUGGAAGUUUGGGUAGGUAGAACCGAUUACAUACAUAACGAUGGAGAUAGACGUCGCAGUUAUUCCAUAAAAGCGUCCAUAUUUCAACCAGCUAUCGAUGAUAUAAUUGAGGAAAAGUCACUGUGGUGGAGUAUUUUCUUCCCAUCAUCAUACUCUAGCCUUAAAGACGUGUUGUCUGAAUGGAAUAAAUUUAAUGCAAGACGACCAACAUUUAAUAUAAUAGAUGACAUGAUCACUGGUUCUUACAAAACUGAAUUAGACCCUUCUGAAACUCUGAAACUUCAAUGGAACAUAAUUACCAAGACAAAAAUAAUAGAUUAUAAAAUAUCUGUCUAUUUGAUGGGAUCUUUGGUUGUUGCUUUGCAAAACGGAGAUGAUGUUUAUCCAAUAGAAAUUCCUUUAACUAACUUAGCUAAUGACGAUUUCGAAGCUGUUAAAGUUCCUGGUUUACAGGGGCUGCGGUACAUUGCCGAGGGCUAUGUAAAACAUAAAUAUGGAUUAUUUGCUAUACCAGAUGUUGACAGAUUAUCAAAUAAAGUCAACACUAAAUUUUCUACCGGUACCUUAAAAGUUCAGGAUAUUAUUUAUCCUUAUUAAAAAUAUACCGGUACAAACGCGUUUACGUUUAUGUAGUAUAAUUAAUUAUUGUUUAUUCGAGGAUUUAUGUGUGUAUAUGAUUAAAUUUAGUUUAAAUCAAGAUAAAAUAGUGUAAUAUGUGAAAUGAAGCAAUAAACAUGUAGUCUUUCUCAGAAAUGUUUAUUCAAUGACUAAUAAAACUAUUAUAAAUGUAUGUUACGAAGAUAUAAUCUAUCGGUGUAUUUAUCUCAGAAUUAUUCAUUGUUAUACGGAUAUCUGUAGUAAAAUUUACUUUAUAAUACGUAUUUGAAAUUAAAAAAUAAUAAUAAACAUUACUGAAAUGUCAAUUAUUUGUAAUAAGAAAAGAUGAA